AAUUAGAAUGUUAUGUGCAAUUUUGGAGGUACAAGGAAUUACUACUGUAAAUAUUAAAGAAUACAUUUCUAGUACCAAUGAACCAUCUUUGGAUUUCUUUCUUGAUAAUAAUGAAUAUGAAUCAAAAGGAUAUAAAAAAAAAACAUCCUCCAGAAAAAGGACAUUAAUAAACGUACCUGAUUUUAGAGCACUCAAAAAAAACAAAGAACUGAAUUUAUUUUCUAACCCUGAUAAAAUUAAUGAGGAAUUAAUUAAGGAAAAAAACUUUUCAGAUUCUGUACUGAGUUCCUACAGAAUGUCUUUAGAUGAUAAGAAAUUACAAAAUAAAAUGAUUGAUAAUAUAUUAUUAAGAGAUAUUUCAGGAGGGAAAAAGGAGAUCGAAGUUAAUGAAGAAAAAAAUAUUAAAAGUGUACAAAAAUAUAAUGAGGGAAAUGAUAAAAAUUUUAUCGAAAGUAGAAAAAAGGCAUUAGAAAAUUUUCAACAAAAUGAAAAUAAUUAUGAUUGUACAUAUAAAGCAAUUAAGAAAAAAAAAAUAUCAGGUUGUAAUAUAACAACCAAGUUGAAGGACAUAAAUAAUUCUGACGAAUGUCAACUGUGUUUAAUGCCUAAUAGUGAUUCGCUUCACGGAAAUUUCCCCCCCACGUUUUAUAAAUUAACAUGUGAUCAUGUUUUUCAUUUAAUGUGUCUUUAUGAAACAGUCAUACGCAGGGAAUGUAGAAAAACCUGUUGUAUUUGCCAUAGCGAAUUAGGUGAGAAUGAUAAAAAUGAAAUAAUUAAUAAAGUAAAGCGUGAAAAAAAGGAAAAUGAAAAAAAGAGUAAGCUAUUAUUUAAAGUUAUGAAAUUGCAAGCUGAAAAUAAGAAUUACCCUGGGAAAGACAUUUGUUCAUAA